ACCCCCCCUAGCAAAAGUGUACCGUGCGUGCUCAGGAUUACCGCCAGUCCAUCCCAAUCCUUACCAAUCCUCACUAAUCUCCAGGAGCCACCUGCGGACCCGAGUCCCUGAAGCAGGGUGGGGUGGGCAUCUGGGGAGGAAAAUCUACCGGACUGGAACAGAGGAGCUCCACAGGGACCCCACAGUUUAGGGGGCAGGAAAGCUCUUGGGACUUGGGGAGUACAAGUGUGAGAGCUGGCUGCAGGGAGGCAGGCCAGGCGUAGCACGCAGAGUCAUACGGGCGGGAGAAGUGUACGCCUGCUCGCGUGAAGAAGGAGCCAUUUCGGUCCCGGACGGGAUUUUGUCGAUCUUUUCAGAGGGUGGCGUUUCAAUGGAUCCCAUGCUGAAAUGCUCGGUGACAAGUUAAUGCAACCAUGGGGGUGGGGGACAGGAGGCAGACGGACCCCUAUGUCAUAGUCUUAGGAUGGCAAGUGAAGGCUCCAGCAUCCCAAGCCCUGUGGUCCGUCAGAUCGACAAGCAGUUCCUGAUCUGCAGCAUAUGCCUGGAUCGCUACGACAACCCCAAAGUUCUCCCGUGUCUCCAUACCUUCUGUGAGAGGUGCCUCCAGAACUACAUUCCCGCUCACAGCCUGACGUUGUCGUGCCCCGUGUGCCGCCAGACGUCAAUCCUGCCCGAGAAGGGCGUGUCCGCCCUGCAGAGCAACUUCUUCAUCACCAACUUGAUGGAUGUCCUGAGGAAGUCCCCUGACAGUGGCAGUGAGGACUGCGCGGUGCAGGAGACUGUCGCUGCCGUGGCGACGGGACAGCCCCUGUCCUGCCCCAACCACGGGAACAAUGUGAUGGAGUUCUACUGCCCGCCGUGCGAGACAGCCAUGUGCGAGGAGUGCACCAGCGGGGAGCACGCCGAACACCCCACCGUCCCGCUGAAGGACGUGGUGGAGCAGCACAAGGCUUCGCUGCAGGACCAGCUGGACGCCGUCAAAAGCAGGCUGCCCGAGAUCGACCUGGCCCUGCAGGUCAUCUCCGAGAUCCUGCAGCAGCUGACCAACCAGAAGUCCGCCAUCGAAGAGGAUAUCCACUCCACCUUCGACGAACUACAGAAGACGCUCAAUGUCCGGAAGAGCGUGCUGCUCAUGGAGUUGGAGGUCACCUAUGGGCUCAAGCAGAAGGUGCUGCAGGCCCAGUUGGACACCCUGCUGGAGGGCCAGGAGAGCAUCAACAGCAGCUGCAACUUCACAGAGCAGGCGCUGAGCCAGGGCUCUGAGGCCGAGGUGUUGCUGGUCAAGAAGCAGAUGAGCGAGCGUCUGGGCGAGCUGGCCAGCCUGCAGUUCCCCCUGCAGCCCGAGGAGAACGACCAGCUAGACUUCCUCAUCGAGACCGAGGGCCUCAAGAAGUCCAUCCACAACCUGGGCACCAUAGUCACCACCAAUGCUGUCGCCUUCGAGACGGUGGCCUCGGGGGAGGGGCUGCGGCAGUGCAUUGUGGGUCACUCCACCUCCAUCACCAUAACCACCAAGGACAAGGACGGGGAGCUGUGCAAGACGGGCAACGCCAUCUUGACGGCCGAGAUCUGCACCCCCGACGGAAGCGUGGCGGACGGGGAGAUCCUGGACAAUAAGAACGGUACUUAUGAGUACCUCUACACAGUACCCAGAGAGGGCAACUUCACCCUCUCCCUGCGUCUCUACGACCAGCACAUCAAGGGCAGCCCCUUCAAGGUGAAGGUGACCAAGUCUGCCGACGUCUCACCUGUCGCCAAUAGCAACAAGAAGCGGCUCAAGUCUCCUGGAAGCAGCCACGUCAAGCAGAGGGCUAUCAGACGGCCAGACAGCAUGUACAGCACCAGCAAGAGGAAGGAGAAUCCUAUCGAGGACGACCUGAUAUUCCGAAUCGGUACGAAGGGAAGGAACAAGGGGGAGUUCACGAAUGUCCAGGGUGUGGCAGCCUCUUCGGUCGGAAAGAUAUUAAUAGCAGACAGCAACAACCAGUGUAUCCAGAUAUUCUCCAAUGAAGGGCUGUUUAGGAGUCGGUUUGGGGUAAGAGGGCGGUCUCCCGGGCAACUGCAGCGGCCAACCGGUGUGGCAGUGCAUCCCAAUGGCGACAUCAUCAUCGCUGACUACGACAACAAAUGGGUCAGCAUCUUCUCAGGCGACGGGAAGUUCAAGUCCAAGAUCGGCUCGGGAAAGCUCAUGGGACCCAAAGGGGUGUCGGUGGACCGGAAUGGGCACAUCAUCGUGGUGGACAACAAGGCCUGCUGUGUCUUCAUCUUCCAGCCCAACGGCAAGAUUGUCACCAAGUUUGGUAACCGUGGAAAUGGAGACAGGCAGUUUGCAGGUCCUCACUUUGCAGCCGUCAACAAUAAUAAUGAAAUAAUUGUCACUGAUUUCCAUAACCAUUCUGUGAAGGUUUUCAACUCUGAGGGGGAGUUUCUACUGAAGUUUGGGUCCAACGGUGAGGGGAACGGCCAGUUCAACGCCCCCACCGGUGUAGCAGUGGACAUCAACGGCAACAUCAUCGUGGCAGAUUGGGGCAACAGCCGAAUUCAGGUCUUUGAUGGCAGUGGGUCCUUCCUGUCCUACAUCAACACGUCGGCGGAUCCUCUUUACGGCCCGCAGGGCCUGGCUCUCACUUCAGACGGCCAUGUUGUAGUCGCGGAUUCCGGGAACCACUGCUUCAAAGUUUACCACUACCUUCAAUGACCCGUGACGUACCCGUCACGCCUCACUGUCACCGUGCCACAAUGGAUCCCUGUCGUCCUCGUGGAUUCGCGUCAUCUCUCUCCAGCUCUGCUGGCUGAUGACCUUUCACCUCUGACCCCCCUGUCACUCCCGCGCUGAGGCAGUCUAAUGCUGCCCAGACUUUUUUCCCCCCCCCAUGGAGCAGAAAGAUGAUGUCUUGUUAUCGAUGAUUAUCUAAGUGUUCCUUUUCCUGAGUUUAUUUAUUGAGCCGACCAUGUAAAAUACACCAUUUUACGUGAAACUGAAAAUGAAGCACUUGAUGCGAUAGCUUUGGUGUAGCGUUACCCUUUUGAAAACUGUGGGUAAGGAAAAUGGAUAUGGUUGGUAAGUGUGGCACUUUUUGAGGAAUAUAUUUUGUUCAUGACUAGUUUUCUAAAAAAGUAUAUUUUUGGAAUUAAACUGCCAUCCUAUUGAGGGAGCCCCCUGUGAUGGGCUCUAGCUGCCCCCCCCCCCCAUUACCAUGACAGGGAUAAACAGUUAGAAUAUGGAUGGAUGUAAGGGAUUUAAAAUUCAUUUUGCUUAAUGAUUCACAUGCAUGACAUGUAAACACUAUGCAGAUCAGGCAAUAAGUUUCAGUUGCGUACUUCAGUUUCUGGUAAAAUGCUCUUACUUCCUUUAGUAAGAAGGAGAAAUGGUGGUUCCGUAAAUGUUCAUAUCCACAAAAGUAUUUAUCUGUGAACUAAAGAUGUUGGAUGCCUCGGUGUAGUUUUUGCUUGUACUUGGAUUGACGUACGUUUUGUCCAGUCAGGAAACAUUCCCUCAGUUUCCAUGGGAAGGUGUGUGUGUGUGUGUGUGUGUGUGUGCUUCAUGAAAUGUGUCUUGCUCUGUAACUGCCCAUCUGUCUACCGUGAAGCUAGAUGUAUACAUUUUUCAAAGUACUUGCCGCUCUGCACACAAUAACUGAUUAUCAUGCUUGCCGUUGACGUCUAGUUAGAUUUGUUUUCUACAGCUUGUCGUAGGAUUUUAUUUCUAACAACACAAUCAAUGAUUCUUGGCAUUGCUUGCAAAACCAGCUCAACAUGUAUUGUGGUAUUCAAGGCGCCAUUGAUGUUUUUCUGCUUGCCGAUAUAUUUGCACAGGAUACAGAUUUUUGUACUGUAAGCCUUGCAGAACUAUUGUAGAACUGUGUGGCGUGAUUCCGUCGUAGUGAAAUUAUCCAAGUUGUAUGUAAACUGGAGCAAAUCGGUUUUAUUUUUCAUGUCAGCUUGAAGAGACUUUUAUAAAAUGAUCUGGGCGAUUCGGUGAUGUCCGUGCUGACUUGUAUCAUGUUAAUUUCCUGCCUAACAAAAUACCCACAUUUCAGUGACUGAACGGCACUUAGUCCAAAUAUUAGUAUUAAAGAGCACAAGGCAUUGAUGAGAGUGAAUCGUGGCAUUAAACGAUCCAUGAAACUCUAAACCAACUGUGUUUACUUAUUUGAAAAUGUCAGUCUCAAAAGGGAUUUUCUUUCAUGUAAAAUUUAUUCAUCUUUAUUUACAAAUGAAUUACUGAUUUUUUAUUAUGAUUAAAGCAAUGCAUUUUCCAUGUUUAAUGUCCCUAAUGCCAAAAAAGUUGAAAAAGUUACCCAGGGAUGAUUUGUUUUGAAUUAAUUUUGAAUGCAGUUUUGUUCUGUAGAGGGAAUAUUUUGCAAUGGAUGUUGUACAAAGGCUUGGGAUUAUUUAAUUGUUGUAUAUUAUCCCUCAAACAUCAGGAUCACUUGUGCAUUUUUUCCCCAUUUAUAUUUCCAAAUGUCUAGCAUUGUUAUUUAUGCAAAGGGGGGAAAGUCAGUCUUUAAAUGUAUGUAUUCCAUAAUGCUUUUGUACUGACACAGGAAGCACUGAGAACUAACCGAGUUGUGGUGUUUCUUGUCCCAAAUAUGCUUGCUGUGUAUAAAAACAUUGCUUGUGCCCAUUUAAGCAUUACUUUCAUUUCGAUUUAGCUACUUGUCUGUGCGGCACAUAAAUAAAAUAUUGCAUUCUUUGGAAAAAA